GUAAAAUAGUUGGUUCAUCCUAAUUAAGUAAAAAAAACAUUGGCAACCAAAUGACAGUGAUUUUGGACAGCGUAGGACUUAAAUGACUACUUACAUCGAAACCCUAUAAAUUAAUCCCCUAUACAAUCGACCAUGCAUACCAGACCUGUACAUGACAGGUCUAUAUAUUGAUAAUAUAUAUCCCACCGAUUAUAUUACUACGUCCUCUUCCUGUCUCUGAUCUCUCUGUCCUCUACAUUUCCAAUCCGGAAGGAAUUCUGAUACUUCAUUUUGAAGAUGGAGAGGAAGAGCAAGGGACGGCAAAAGAUCAAGAUGAUGAAGAUGGAAAGCGAAAGCAACCUCCAAGUGACUUUCUCGAAACGCCGUUCAGGCCUCUUCAAAAAGGCCAGUGAGCUUUGCACCUUGUGUGGUGUCGAGGUCGCCAUCAUCGUAUUCUCGCCGGGAAAGAAGGUCUUCUCCUUUGGUCAUCCAUCGGUGGAGCCAAUUAUUGAUCGGUUUCUCACCCGAAACCCACCUCAAAUAAACUCCGGCACACUCCAGUUGAUCGAGGCACAUAGAAACGCCAGCGUCCGGGAGCUCAACAUGCAGCUCACGCAGGUCACCAACCAACUGGAGGCCGAGAAGAAGCGUGGGGAGGAACUGAAACGAAUGCGCCAAGCAAGCCAGGCACAGUGCUGGUGGGAGGCGCCUAUUGAACAGCUAGGGCUGCCACAACUCGAGCAGUUGAAGUUGUCUCUGCAGGGGCUGAAAAAGAACGUGGCAAAGCAGUCGGACAGGCUCCUAUUUCAGGCUUCAAAUCCUCCUCCUGCUCAGUUUUACGGAGCAGGGAGUUCCAUAAACCAGUCACCAAACCCUUUGGACACAAAUAAUAUCCCUUAUUACGCAAAGAAUAUGAAUAAUGUUGGGUUCACUGGGAAUGCCAUGCCCCGCGUAUAUAAUCUUGGAUAUGGACGUGGAUUUUUCUGA